AUGGCAAAUGGAGAAAAGAGAAGGCUUGAGGUUCUGCUCAGGUUUAACGCUUUCAUCGUGUUGAGUUUGGCCAUUAAUAUAACUUCGUUUUCUUUCAGUAAAUGUACAUUGAUUUUCAGGACAACUUAUGAGAACUUCCGAUAUCAGUAUGACAAAAAAGGCAACCCAUUCAAUAGGGGAUCAUGCAGAAAUAUCAAUGAAACACUUUGUUCCAGCAUUCCUCGUUCGAAGAAUAACUUCCGAGGAUUUGUUGUGGAGGAUGAACACAUGAUGGUGGGAUCGCUGACUCCAAACAAUGCGGAUGGAAUUUUGACCCCAAAGGAGAAAAUUGACCUUGAAAUGGGAUCUAUGCGUGCAGAAGAUGGUCGUUUACCUAUUCCUGAACUUCUGCGAAAUUUUGAUUUUGAUAAUUUUGAUGAUGACAUAAAGUUUGCAGAUGAGGGGCAGCGGUCUUUCGAUCCGUUCUACAGCAUCGAGGAUGAUGCAAAAGGCUCGGCACGAACAUCCAACGCAACGGUUUUGAAUUUCCAAAGCAUAAGUGAAGAUGAAAUGGAAGAGUAUGUGCAAAGCUCCCAUGCUGGAGGAAGAGCCAGAGAGUCUGCUCAAAGACACACUACUUCUGAUGGAACCUACACAAAUAAGGAAACUAAUAGCAGGAAUCACCCACAUUAA